AUGAAGCCGUCCCUUCCAGAGCUUGAUAGAUUACAGAGCCUGGAGGAGCAGCUCUCCUCUCUCGAGGGCAUCGUAUGCAAUCUCACCCAGGGGGUAGCUCGUUUAGCUCAAGUUGUCGGGGUUUUCCCUGGGCUUGCAGCCAGCCCUGACCAAGUCGAGGACGACGUACAUAUUGACCUUCUACAGUGGCAGGACUGUGCCAAGAACAUGGUUGCCUUUGUCGCCAGUCGCUUGGUGAUAUCUCAACUUUGCAGGCAGUACGUGUGGGAAAAACAUGGGAAGUUCGGUGUAACGGGCAAGCACGAUCAUUACUAG